AAAGAUUCCUUUUACACGCCGACUGAGGACAAGUUGAGAGGUUGUUGAGGAGAAAGCACGAAGUUGUUACAACAUGUUUUCCAAGCUUGUCGAAACAGCCCAGAAUAACGUAUUUGGGCGCCCUUUUGUGGCAUCAUGUCAGGAAAGCGAAUCAUCCAAGCAGAUAGUGCCAAGCAGACCUGCAAUGGCUGCGGCCGAGGACAUAAGUUGUGAAUUUGGAUCUGCUAAGUAUUAUGCACUUUGUGGAUUUGGUGGAAUUCUUAGUUGUGGCAUAACACAUACAGCAGUUGUUCCUUUGGAUUUAGUGAAAUGCAGAAUUCAAGUCAGUCCUGAUAAAUACAAGAGCAUUUUCAAUGGAUUUAGAGUUACAAUGGCAGAAGAAGGCACAAGAGGUCUAGCCAAAGGAUGGGCACCAACAUUUAUUGGUUAUUCUAUGCAAGGAUUAUGUAAAUUUGGAUUUUAUGAAGUUUUCAAGAUUCUAUAUAGUGAUAUGCUUGGAGAGGAAAAUACCUAUUUGUACAGAACUUCAUUAUACCUUGCUGCAUCUGCUAGUGCAGAAUUCUUCGCUGACAUUGCAUUGGCACCUAUGGAAGCAAUAAAAGUUAGAAUUCAAACUUCAGAAGGAUUUGCUAACACCUUAAGAGAAGGUGUCCCAAAAUUAUGGAAACUUGAAGGAAUUUCUGGAUUUUACAAGGGCCUUCCACCCCUUUGGAUGAGACAGAUCCCAUACACCAUGAUGAAAUUUGCAUGCUUUGAAAGAACUGUUGAAGCUUUGUACAAAUAUGUCGUCCCCAAACCAAGAUCAGAUUGCACAAAAGGAGAACAGUUGGUUGUCACUUUUGCAGCUGGUUACAUUGCUGGUGUUUUCUGUGCCGUCGUGUCCCAUCCAGCUGACACAGUUGUCUCAAAACUGAACAAUGAUGUCGGCAGUACACCAAUCCAAGCAGCAAGAGAGCUUGGCAUGAAAGGAUUAUGGAAAGGUCUUGGACCCCGUAUCAUUAUGAUUGGUACACUGACUGCCCUGCAAUGGUUCAUCUACGAUUCAGUCAAGGUUGCCUUCCGCUUGCCACGCCCACCACCACCAGAAAUGCCUGAAAGCUUGAAGAGGAAGUUGGAGUUGCAGAAGCAGGCCGCGUAAAUCGUGUUAGAUUGUAGGAAAACGAAACAUAGGAUUUUAAAACUUAUCUCUGUCAGUGAAUUUUGUUGAAAAAUUGUGGAUACGUCGUUCUGUGUAAAGAAUUUGGAGCACAUUCAGAAUUGAAAACUUUGUCGAAGUGUUGGAAAUUUAGUAAAAACGCAUUAUUGGAAGUAAGUUUCCAAUUUAAAGAUGCCUAAAAAUUUAGAAAUGAACUAAUUUCAUGAAAACGAUCUUUGUUUUUUGCCAUGCUUAGAAAACAGUUAUGCGCGUGGUAGAUUAAUGGUUACUGGAAUGUCGUUAUAUUUGCCCUUUAAACAUUU